ACUCGAGUUUGGACAAACAAAUUUGUUCGAUAAAAUUAUCGAACAUGGUUUCAUUAAGAGUUGGUCCGAAGUUCGGUUAAAAGUUCGAUCUUCGGUUCCUCUGCGGCUCUGGACAGAAGUUUUAUUUCUAUUCUUCUAACCUAAAACCCUAACUAAACAACCAUCUCACCCACCUAAACUUUCCUCAUUCACCACACCAUGACAACAUCUCAUUUCUCCCUGACCAACCCUUUUCUCCCGGCGGCUCGCAGAACUCCACCGUGGAGCGGCGGCGCAGGGCGGCGCGUGUGCUUCUGCACCAACAGUCUCGAAACCCAUCAAGCAGCGCCGCCUAAAAAAGAUGUUCUAACAAGCAAAGAUGUAAUGGAGGCUGAUAAGAAGGUGAUUGUGGGGACUUAUGCAAGAACGCCUGUUGUGUUCUCCAGUGGCAAGGGUUGUAAAUUGUUUGAUGUUGAGGGGCAAGAGUAUCUGGACUUGACUUCUGGGAUUGCUGUGAAUGCACUUGGGCAUGGGGAUCCUGAUUGGAUUCGAGCUGUUACUCAACAGGCUAAUACUCUUACUCAUGUUAGCAACAUUUUCUACACUGUUCCUCAGGUGGAGCUAGCAAAACGUCUUGUAUCGUGCUCUUUUGCUGAUCGAGUGUUUUUCUCAAAUUCUGGAACUGAAGCCAAUGAAGCUGCAAUUAAAUUUGCUCGUAAAUUCCAGCGAUUUUCCCACCCAGAUGAGAUGCAUCCACCCUCCGAUUUUAUUUCAUUUAGUAAUUGCUUUCAUGGUAGGACUAUGGGUGCUCUUGCGCUGACUAGCAAAGAGCAUUACAGAACACCUUUUCAACCUGUUAUGCCUGGAGUUACGUUCUUAGAGUAUGGUGAUAUCCAAGCUGCAACUGAACUUAUUCAGUCUGGCAACAUUGCUGCAGUUUUUGUGGAACCUAUUCAGGGCGAGGGUGGUAUAUACAGUGCAACAAAGGACUUCUUACAAUCUUUGCGUGAUGCGUGUGAUGCGGCUGGAUCUCUGCUAGUCUUCGAUGAGGUUCAAUGUGGCUUGGGACGAACUGGUUAUCUUUGGGCACACGAAGACUACAACGUUUUCCCUGAUAUUAUGACACUCGCAAAGCCUCUCGCUGGAGGUCUACCCAUCGGUGCUGUGCUGGUGACUGAAAAAGUCGCAGAGGCUAUAAACUACGGAGAUCAUGGAAGCACUUUUGCAGGUGGGCCACUUGUUUGCAAUGCUGCAAUUGCAGUUCUGGAUAAAAUAUCAGAUCCAAGCUUCCUGGCCAGCGUAGCCAGUAAAGGUCAGUACUUUAUGAAACUGUUGUCACAAAAAUUAGGAAGUAACUCACAUGUCAAAGAAGUACGAGGCCUGGGGCUUAUCAUUGGUAUAGAGUUGGACGUACCUGCUGCUCCACUUGUAGACGCAUGCCUGAAUUCCGGUCUUUUAAUAUUAACCGCGGGAAAGGGGAAUGUUGUGAGACUUGUACCACCAUUGAUAAUAUCCGAGAAAGAACUGGAACAUGCCGCUGAGGUUCUGCUUAAAUGUCUACCAGCUCUUGAUUAAACUCUCCUGUAAUACCCAAGUUCAUUAAAAUUGAUAUGUGUAACAGCCUUAAAUGUCUAAAAUGUUACAAUUUUAAAUUGACAUGUAUUACUACAGUGGAUACUAGAACCGUAGGAAGGUUAACCUAUCACAAUUCACUUGUUAUCUUUCA